GGCGACCGCGUGCAACUACCGUCGGCACCCAGACGCAAUAAGUGGCGGACGCAACACGUGAACGAAUUGCCCACGAGUCUCGCGAUAAAUGUCAUGCCGAGCGGUCUUCUGACAAUCUCACGUUGCGUUCGCGCUAGCUGAUGACGGACGACCCCGAGAUUCACGCAUAAACGGUCCGCCUGUGAAAAAUCAGCCGUACACUGGUUCUGCUCUCCGGUGACGACGACGACGACGACGACGACGUCGUGUCCCGUCCCUGUCAGAAUGCGUGUCGACACGUGCAUCCUACUGCUCUACUUGCCGCUCGCGAUUUUCGGCGGCGGCGAAAAAAACGAGAGCGCCUUCAUAGCGACGCACGAGUGGCAGACGGUGAAGAAGGGAAUUCCAAUUCCCAAGGGACUUCAUGUGAGACAUAAUUUUGCAACUGGAGUGACAGAAGCUAAAUUGAUGGACGACACAGAAGAAGAUGAUGAAAAUGCGAAUCGAUCAAAUUCCAAGUCAUUGACACUACAUCCGGAUAAAUCGGUUUUGGAAAACGAAGAGCCGGAUCCUGUGAAAAUAAAAAAAGUUUCAGAAUCUUUGAAAUUUCCUAUCGACGAAUUGAAAGCGAGAUUGAAAAAGCUUAAGCAAGAAGAAGCAGAAGAUUUAUCGAAUAUAAAUGAUGAAGAAUCCCGACCAAAAACUGAGAAGCGUUUUAAACGUUUUUAUGAAACUUUGAAAGAAGAACUUAAUGCUCUUAAAAUCAAUGUUACAAGCGAUUCAGAAUUAUUAAAGAGGUUUUUCCAAAAGUUUCAAUCUUAUAAAAAUAGUAUCACUACAGGAACGUUAACCAACAUAGAGAUUGAAGAAGUAUUGGACAUUUUAAACAAUUUAGAAUAUCUUCUUCAUCAAAUAGACAAUGCUAAAAUAUUCUCAGACAUGGAUGGGCUGACUAAGAUCAUAUCACCAUGUCUCAAUGGAACUAAUAAUGAAAUAAAAUCGGAAGCAUUACGCCUUCUAGGAGCAGCCGCCCAAUCAAAUCCAAAAGUGCAAGCUAAGGCAUUAGAAAAUGAUUUUAUCCAAAAAGUAUUACACGUCUUAUCUACAAAUAGUAAAAUUGAAGUAAAAUCCAGGUGUCUCUUUGCUCUAAGUGCCUUAAUACGCCAAUUUCCUGCUGCUCAGAAAGCUUGGAUUGAUCAUGGUGGUUUGCAGUUACUUGGAAAGAUUCUAUACGACGAUCAAUUACAGAUACAAAUGAAAGCAAUGAAGCUAAUUAACGAUUUAACAAUCGAAAGACGAAAUUUAGAAGAGAUCUACGAUGCUGAACAGCGUCAGCAGAAAAUGAGAGAGUACGCUAUUACAGAUUUCGAGCUAAAAUUACUGAGGCACGAUUACUGUAAACUGCUAAGCAAUUUAAUGGUAAAGUGCUUCAAAGAAAAGUUAACUGGCCAAUUUAGCAUAGAAAAUAACGAUUUUCUCGAAGUAGUCUCAGACAGUAUGAUCACAGUAUCUCCUAUUUGUAAAACUGAAUUUAAGAACAUUAAACUCUUGCUUUUACCUGUUAUAGAUAAUCUCUUACAAUUUUAUCAAAAUCCUAAUAUUAAACUCACUGUGGAUGAAACUGAUGUUUUAAAGAGUUUAAUAUUACUGAUUGAGAGAUUAAAAGUUACUAUUUUUGAAGCACCUCAUGAUGAAUUAUGAAUAUGUUGUGUUAAUAUCUGAGGCAAUUAAAAAUAUGUGAAAGUAUAUCAAAGACUAUAAACUAAAUUCUUACGUUAAUAGAUAUGCAAUCAUGUGCAAUAGCAUAGGGCUUACUUAAUGUGCAUUUGUUUUAGUACCAUGUAAAAAGUUGUGAAAAGAAAAUUUAAAAAAAUCAUCGUCAUCAGUAAUUAUUAAUGUUGAAAUAGAAAAUAUCUGCGGAUGAUUAAUUACAAUUUACAGAUCUUAAGAAGAAUUUAAACAUAAAAAAAUAUUUUGUUAUUCUAAACGUGUUUAUUCUAUCUCUACUGUAAAUAGUUUGUACUUACAAAAUUGAUCGAUGAAACGUGCUGGUUCUCGUCUCUUGUAUCCAAAGUAUGAGAUACUAGUCAUUAGAUGUCAAUUAAAUUUUAAUUCGUUAUUUAAAUGGCAUAUAGUUAUAUUUUCAUUUGUAGCGAUUUUUCCGCUGUAAGAGCUUUCUAACUUUGGCCUAUCAAACAAUUAAACUCGAUUGUUUUAAACACAAGAGACGGGAACUUUUCAUAUUUAUUAUGCAGCUCAAUUAAUAUUUCAUCUCAUGUAUACCUUUCACAAUUAAGUAUGUGAGGAACAACAAAGAAAAAUUCAUUUGAAGAGUAAAACGACUGAAAUAUAUGUGUACAUAAUAUAUGACUUUAGUUAUCUGGCUGUCAUAUAGCAAAUAUGAAUAACUGUUAUGUUUCCUUCUGUUUUAGAAACAAUUAUUUAAUAAAUUAUUUUGUACCGAUUAUACGCCA